AUGACCGUCAGCCAGCAGCAGGUGCACCUCGCCGUCCUUGAGAGCAGCACCCACGGUCUGCACAUGCUCAUGGACGACCCAGCUGUGCCCGCCUGGCUGGCAGAGGAUGGCCGCAUGCGGACCUCGGCCAUGACGAUGAAGCUCCGGCAUCUCAAAGAAGAGCUCAGCAGGAUUGUUGAUAAGGAACCGACAGGCGACACUGCCACCAAAGAGCUGCCCGAGGCAAGAUCUAUGCCCUCGUCUCUGCCAUCUUCCUUGUCGUAUGUCGUGUGUCCCAUGUGAGCAGGUGUUGAAAGAGUCGCGUGAGAUGUUCGACCGCCAGCUGAUGGAACACGAAGACGUGGCGCAGAAGGCAAUCAGGUCUUUUGCAAAGACGAUCCUUGCUCUUGUCUAAUUGGCCAUCUUGUCUAUUUAGAAUUCGUGACCAGCGGAUUGCCGAGCUCGAGCGACAGCUUGGAGGCGCGGCGGGCGACCAACCUGCCCAAACGAGCAAGUGCCCUGAGACCACACAUGAGCCGCAGAUGUCUCUACGCCUGUAUUGACUAUCUGUGUGUCACAUACACACCAACAGGGACUCUGUGCUGCUAUAUCCCAUGCGACUGUCUGACGGCGGUGCUGCGGAUGCCUCCAAGGAGCGCGAGGCCCUCGAAUACCUCAGAUCCAAAGUCACCAACGUCAUUGAGAGCUUCGAGGUGGGCGAGAAGGACAAAGCCCUUACCGGCCUCUACGAACUGCUGCAGGCAGUGGACGAGGUGCAGAAGGGCGGCCUGCGGAAGCUCUCCUUCCUCAAAGAAGCCUUCGACAAGACGCUCACGUCAGCGUGCACACUCACACAUGGAGUCUGCUUGCUAUGUGCAGCCGUGUGCGUGUGUGUCUUCUCUGGGUGGGCAGGCUGAAGCGGACGAUGCUCAAACUUCGCAGCGAUCUGAACCAAGAGGUGGCGCAGAGAGGACAGCUGGAGAGACAGACUGCCAAACAAGAAGAGGUCAGCAGAUGAUGCAUACAUUGACGACUUGAUGGCUGAUUUGUCUUGAUCCCCUUUGGCCAGGAGAUUCGGCGGCUGAAGGCUGAGCUGGAGGCGUGCCUGCAAGACAAACAAGACAGCCAGGCCAAGGCUAUUGCCCGCAUCAGAGAAGACUAUGAGACGUGAGUGUCGCUUAUCUGCCCUCCACAAGAUGACAGACGGACCGGCCAAUCCAUCAAAAUGGUUAUGGGCUGUCUGUGUGUGUAUCUGUGUAUUGACCGCGCAGCAAGAUUACAUCUCUGCAGCGGUCGUAUGAGUUGCAGAUGCAAGACGCACGGGUGGGAAGCAGCACGAAAUACAAAGGUACGCCACACACACACACACAGACAGACAGGCGGCAGGCGUCUCAUCCAGACACCGUGUACGUGUCUGUCUGCCAUUCAGAUUGA